AUGAGAAGACUAUUUGAAGCCCGCGGUCCGCGGCACCGCGACUUCGGAUCGCUGCUCAAUCUGGUCACAAACGCACUCCCAAAAGAACAAUCAAAGCAACCCAGAUCCCAAACAGGAAUGAGGGGGGAAACCACGGGACCGUUCCCGACCACACCAUCCGCCAACCUUCUUCGCUUAACCUCGUCAAUCAUUGCCCUUCGUCUGAACCAUCGAGCUAACUUGCUAGGCGACUUGCAUUAUCGUUGUCGAUGA